CUGUUUAGCCUCGGGGUAACUUCAGCUACCACACCGCAGACAGUCUGAUAUCCGGCUAGUGGCAACAUCGAUAUAGCGCUCAGUUAUGAAAGAAAUUCAUUUUUCAGGCGUGUUUUUAUUUCUAUUUAUUUUUACAGUUAUUGCAGUUUCUGCCAAACAAUGGAAACAUAAUGACUGGGAUAAACAUGUAACACCACAAAAAGGAAUUCAUUAUCAAUGGCCAAAACACCCAAAAACUUCUCAUACUGAAUACUGGAGGACUUUUCAUCCACAUCAUAAUGAAAAGCAAACAAAAGAAAUAUCCAAACAAUCUCACCAUUCAAUAAGCCAUCAUGAAGCUAAAUUUCAGAGCCAUAUUAAACCAAACAAAAAACACAACCAAAAACAUUUUCAAAAAUGGGAACGAGAAGAUUUGCACUUGCAGGAUUUAAAUCUAGAACGUCAAAUUAAGGAACGUCAACGUGCUCACAGAGGAUCACAUUCUCCACAUAAUGAUGGACAUCAUGAAGUAGAAAGAAUAGUCACUCAUCAUCCUGGUCAUCUUAAUAAAGAACCGUGGAUGAAAUAUGAACACAAUAAGCAUACUAAAGCAUUUAGUCAUGCUCAAGUGGAUCAUCAUCGUUCUCAUCAUAAAAAUCACAAAAAUACUCAUCAUAAAAAUCAUAAGCAAGGCGAUAAGCCUAUGAAGAACAAACGAAAGAAAGCUCAUGAAAAGAAAUUUAAUAAGAAACAUAACAAAAAACAUUUUACAUGGUAAUCAAUAAUAAUUCAAAAUUUCAAAAAUGUUUUGUAAUUAUAAUUAUAUAUUUUG